AUAUAUAACAAAUGUGAGUAAGUAUAAUAGAUUAUUUAGGUAAUUUACUUCAGGUAGACUUUCCCCAUUACGCAAUUUACAAUCUCGUUAGCCCAUAAUGAUUUGACAAUUUGUGUUAGGCUUUUAGCACUUAGCACAUGUUAUCUUACGCCUGUUCUUUGAUAACUUCUCAAUGGGAGCAAAAAGGUAUAAAUACGGAAUACUAGGAGCUUAGUUAGAACUGGCAACGACUAGCAAAUCCAAGCAAAAUGAAUGUAAAAAUAGUUUUACUCCUAGCUCUGCUGCAACUGGGGCAUUUCGCCAUGUCGAAUGAGACACCUGAUGUCACUGCACAAACGAAUGAUUUGGGCAAAUGCCUUAGCAGCUGCAAAGACUUCCCCAUCAGAAUUGGCACUAAACUUUAUUAUAUUGAGUCCAAGCUGAAGGUCAACUGGUUUGGAGCAGUGGAGAGCUGCCGCAAGUUGGGCGGAUACUUGCUGAAUAUCGAGAGCGCCACUGAAAUGGACUUGAUUGUAGCGAUUACGAGCUCGGAUCGUUUCUGGAUAUCCUCGAACUGCUUGGCCAAGGAUAGGGACUUCAUUUCAAUAACAACUGGAGUGGCCAUGCCCUAUAACAGGUGGCAGGCCGGACAGCCCGACAACCAGGCGGGCAAUGAGUAUUGUGUUCAAGCAACGGCACUCGGCCUAUCAGAUGAGCCCUGUGCGUCUCUCCUGAGCUACGUGUGCCAAGCGAACAUACUAUAGGAAGCCUAUGCUAACAGCAUGAUCAUUUGCAACAGUUGUUUCCAUCUAUAGAGGAAUCAAUAUAAUAAUAUAAAGAGUCGACGAACAAAAGAACACUUUGAGCUGCUUUCAUCUACAUGUCUUCUAAGUACUAUAGAAAGAUUUUCUGUAAAUUGAUCACUUAAUGAAU